CUUCGUCUAGCUCUGGAAACCGCCCUGUCGUAGAUGAAACUGCGAUGUGAGCACCAUGUUUCCCUCUCACAGAAUCUUGCAGCCACCAUUGCGCCUUCUCACGAAGCAGUCGCAGCUACCAUGUCGGCACAUGUUUUGUACCGUGAGGCACACCAGCACUGCGGCCCAUGAAACGUUACCUCAACUCUCGCGGUGGCCGCGACGCCUUGCCUACGCCGCGAUUUUCAGUGGUCUUGGGAUCGCUGCUGGGAAGUGGGUGGACGAUAAGUUCGGAGCACCUCCAUUGCCAGGUACAGAGGAAGACGUCAAAAGGCUAGAAGAGAUCCACUACAUCUACGAACGCGGGCUGCCCAUCGUGAAGGAACUGCGAGAACACCCUGAUUAUAUGGAAGCAGAUGUUUAUGGGAACUAUACGGAAGAAGAUAAAUUGCAACGACUGAGCUCAGGUCCGUUGCGGGGAAGUCGAGGGCUAGCACUUCAGAAAAUAUUCUAUAAUGACAAGGAGAAGAAGGCUAUUAAUGUCGCAUACGUUGGGCCUGGCCUGGAAGGAUGGCCGACUGUUGUCCAUGGGGGUGCCUUGGGGACCGUGAUCGAUGAACAUCUAGCCCGUCUCGCAAUCAGACAUCUGCCCCAACGUACCGGGGUCACCGCAAAUCUCCAGCUCAAGUAUCGUGCGCCUGUGUACUCCGGCAACUUCUAUACCUUCCAUGCUACACUGGACGAGGAACGGAGUACAGAACGCAAGGCAUGGGUGAAUGGCGAAGUGCGCGACCCUGUGGGACGGUUGUGUAUCGAGGCUACCGGCCUCUUUGUAGUCCCAAAGACCUAUAAGCUUCAAGAGGUUGGGGAGCGCUAUUGACCGGGCUGCGACGGGAAAUCCGAAAGACAACCCAUGCUGUCGGUCUAGAUGGGCCCUUUUGGAACCAUCCAUUCAGGGUCGUGUGGACGACGCGAAUCUCUCCCUUGCUGUACUCCUGGGCUUUGUGGUUUACUUGAAGAGGUCCCAUAAUCUCUAAUCCAUGCAGGAGAAGGGUGUCUAUAUGACUGUUGUGUAAAUACAUAUUAUCUUUGUCUUUUUUUUUUUUUUCCUCUUUUUUCUAUUCUCG